AUUCCAGAGUGGGCGGAGCUGGAAUGGGGCGUCCCCAGGCCUUGUUGACUUCGGUGUCCUCUCUGAGCAGCCUGAGCGGCAGCGUUUCUUCGCGCAUGCCCAGGUCUCACACGGCUCCUCUGUCCGGGUCUGUCGGGCUUCCUCUGUUCUUGAUCCUGGCGCCGCCCCUUAACCCGGCUGCGUGUCUGGGGAGGUGUUGUGGCGGUGGAGGCAGUUAGCUGACCAAGUCGUAGUGGCUGAUCCUAUGCUCUGCUGCUGCUGGCUGUACUACCCCCACUGCACAGGAUUAACUUAUUUUUGGAAAUCAAGUGCAAUAUUAAAAGGAAAACAAACCAUACUGAACGUUAUUGGAAGCCAUUUCUGCUAAUUUUAUUACAUUUUAAAAUUUAUGAUUUGAUUUGAAUACUAUCAUGGGAGGAGCUGUGAGUGCUGGGGAAGAUAAUGAUGACUUAAUUGAUAACUUAAAAGAAGCUCAGUAUAUCCGCACUGAAAGAGUGGAGCAAGCCUUCAGAGCUAUUGAUCGCGGAGAUUACUAUUUGGAAGGCUACCGAGACAAUGCUUACAAAGAUUUAGCCUGGAAGCAUGGGAACAUACACUUGUCAGCACCUUGCAUUUAUUCUGAAGUUAUGGAAGCAUUGAAACUUCAACCAGGAUUAUCUUUUCUUAACUUGGGAAGUGGAACCGGAUAUCUAAGUACAAUGGUGGGCUUAAUUUUAGGUCCUUUUGGAAUAAAUCAUGGGAUUGAACUUCAUUCAGAUGUGGUCGAAUAUGCCAAGGAAAAACUGGAGAGCUUCAUCAAAAAUAGUGAUAGCUUUGAUAAAUUUGAGUUCUGUGAACCUGCAUUUGUGGUUGGCAAUUGCCUCCAGAUAGCAUCUGACAGUCAUCAGUAUGAUCGAAUUUAUUGUGGAGCUGGAGUCCAGAAAGACCAUGAAAACUACAUGAAAAUAUUGCUCAAAGUUGGAGGCAUUCUAGUCAUGCCUAUAGAAGAUCAGUUAACACAAAUUAUGCGAACUGGACAGAAUACUUGGGAAAGUAAAAAUAUUCUUGCUGUUUCAUUUGCUCCACUUGUGCAGCCAAGUAAGAAUGAUAAUGGCAAACCAGAUUCUGUGGGACUCCCCCCCUGUGCAGUAAGGAAUCUGCAGGACUUGGCUCGUAUUUACAUUCGACGCACACUUAGAAAUUUCAUAAAUGAUGAGAUGCAAGCCAAGGGGAUUCCUCAGAGGGCUCCACCCAAAAGGAAAAGAAAGAGAGUUAAACAGAGAAUUAACACUUAUGUAUUUGUUGGUAAUCAGCUUAUUCCUCAGCCUCUAGACAGUGAAGAGGAUGAAAAAAUGGAAGAAGAUAACAAAGAAGAGGAAGAGAAAGAUCACAGUGAAGCCAUGAAGCCAGAGGAGCCACCUCAGAAUUUACUGAGAGAAAAAAUCAUGAAGCUCCCCCUCCCUGAAUCUUUAAAAGCUUACUUGACAUAUUUUAGAGAUAAAUAACUUAAAUCACAAAGAAAGAAUGCCUACUGAUAAUUCCUUUAGUCUUGAAAGUAGCUUUUGUUAGAAGUUAAAAGAGAGAGAGAUCUUUCUUUCAUCAGAGUGAAUUAUAGUGGAGGGAAAAAAAUAUAAGUUGUUUCUGUCUUAGUAAUAAAAAUGAUGUAUUCAGUGAUUAAAAAGAAUCCCUUUUAUAAAAUAUAUUUUUCUUUAAAUCUUGGAAAAAUUGCUGUUUUAACUCAGAGUGACUUCAAGAGUGGAAUGCAACAAUAGUCAAGGCAUUGUGUACUGUAAAUCUUUUUCUGAUCAUUACAGAUUUGUAGUAGUGAGAGUUAGACUUCAUUUUAUAUAAGGUUAAAUAAUUAUUAAGCAUAUAUAAUCAUAUUUGAAUUGCAGUUACUUGCCUUUCCUUUAUGAAACUUUCUUAUCUAAUAAAGAAAUUAAAUGCUUUGUAGACCCACUUACCUUACUUUUUUUGCAUUCACUGUUGCUGAGUUACUGUAGAUGUAUUCCGGGCAGAUUAUGAGUGCAAUAACAAUACAGAUAUUGAAUAAUUUAGCUUUAAGAAAAGUUCCAUGGAAUUCAACAGCACUGCUACUUUUGCUUUUGAAUCUAUUGCCAAAAGACAUGGGGAAAAUACCUGCUUUUCAUAGAGAUUUUAAGAGCACACAUCAAGUGAACAUUAAAGUAAAAAGUAUAUGCUUAAUACAAUUCUUAAUUUGUAUGGACCCUUUACAUUUUCAGUAUUUAAAAACAAUGAAGUUACAUUACUCUCUGGAGUUUUAAAAGAUAGUAUAUUUAGGAUUGUUGUUUCUAUAGUCCACUGUAUAAAGAAUUUGGUUUUAAAAAAUCGGUUGUUCUAUAUGACUGUUGAUAGCACAGUGAGUGAAUGAAUAGGCAUGAGUGAUGGCCAAUUCUGGACCAUGCUUAGCAGGACCAGAGCAGAUUUGGUUAGCUGGUGCACUUUUGCAAAUGGAACUUCUAGUUCAUCUGAGUAUUUAUCUUUGACUGAGCAAGGCUAUAUCUGCUUUGAGAUUUACUUUCAUAGUAUAAGAAAUAUUCACAGGAAUUAUGUUUAGAUGCCUUCUGCUUUGAAAAUCUAGUUCAGAGUCACAGCAUAAUCUUUUGGACCUACUUUGUGCUUAUUUAAUUUCUUCCUAUUGUCUGUUGUUUCUUUUGAUAAAUUUAUAAUGAUUUUCAUUUUUUGCUUAAUGUCACAUACUUAAAACUAUCAUUUGUGUUAGUUGUAGCUUCUCAGUGAUAAUACAGGUAGUAGAUGAGAUUUUUAGUGUCUUUUCAUCAUACUGGGGCCUGAAAACAGUCAUUCCUUAUUAAGAAAUUAUAUAAUGUAACAUAUUUAGUAAUUACUGUUACAAGGAUUAUGUAUUUUUUGAAAGGAAAAAUUGAGAAUAUCACUUAUUCCCACCAGCAUCACUGCUAACAGUUGAUCAGAUAGGCUUGAAGAAACCCAAUCAGUGUAGAGUGAAAGGUUUCUUAUCUCUGUAAGUAGUCGACUAUUAGUAAUACAUACGUAUCUCAAAAAACUCAGUUCUAGUAAUUCCAGAUAUCUAAAACCAGUGUUUAAAAAUCUAAGCAUAAAUUACCCCAAAUAAAUUAGAAUAUUUUUGUCACAUAAAAGAUAAUUUCAUGGACAGUGUUUGUUUUUAUACCAGUGAUUGGAGACUGGGGUUACUCCACAAUUUAUCUCAGAUGAUUACUAAGCUGUUAUUGUAAGGAAAUGCCACAUCUCAUUUCUAUAGAGAAAAAUGGUUUCAUACAAUUGUCAUCUGUUAGAAAUGUUCAUCUUAUUUUGAAUUGAAUAUUAGUUUUAGAAGUUUAAUCUUGAGUUCCUGGUGCCCAUGUAUUUUUAUCUAGCACCCGCACACACACUCAUUUUGGGAGCAGAUGUUCAGAUAUGUAAAUGUACAUAUUCUUAAAUAAUUUUACAAUCAGGAGAGAAUUUUUGUUAAGGCUAAAUUUGAAGAUUGACUUACAUCUUUUAUUCUGUCAACCUUGGCAAAGUAUACUGUAGAUCUUCAUGAUUGCUUAUUUUUGUCAUUUAAAUGUAUCUUUUGUUUUUAAAAGCAUUCAUUUUACAUUCGUGACUUUAAAUAAACAGUAGAAAUAAAAAAGGAAAAUUCAAGUGAAAGACCUUUUAUGUAUUAAUGGGAAUAUAGUCAGACCUCAGUUCUCAAACAUCUCGGUUCUUGAACACUUUGAUUCUUAACCAAGUUGUUCACAGAAAAAAAUGUCUCAGUUGUUGAACAAACUUUGAGUCCCAAUUCUCUACCUGACAAUCCUUUCAUGCUGAUACUGGUAUAAUCAGUCACAUGUCUCUCAGAUGACAAAUAAAGGAGAUAAUGUUUUUGAACAAAUCACUUCUUGAACAGCGUUCCAGAAUGAAUUAAGUUCAAGAACCAAGAUUCCACUGUAUAUUAGAGUGAUUAAGAAUAUGUUAGGCUUGUAUUUAUUUUUUAAUGCUUUCAUAUUUACUUGAGUAUAGGUAAUCAUGCUUUAUAAUUGGAGAAGUAGCAAGUAAACUCAAUUGAAAAUGAUGAGGAAUAUAUUGAUGUGAUUUUAUAGCCAGAUGAAACUAUAGAAAUACUCUAAUCCAGUCAAUUAUUUUGCAAGAGAAAGUAGGCCUGGGGAAGUAGCAUGAUUUUCCUAAAUCAGCUAGUUGAAGAUGGCUCAAAAUAGCAUCCAGCAUCUGGUAAAUCCCAAGAGAUUUGUCAAUGGCACCAUAACUACUAACAAAAUAAUUAAAUCUAUACUGCUUAUUGGUUAAUAUAUUGGUUCUAGUAAUGAUAAAGGAUAUUGUUGCUAAAAUGGCAUAUAUGGUGAUUAAAAGAAAAGACAAAAAAUGUAAAGGUUGGUUUCUAGCUGUCUGGGGGGAAAAAAGUGAAAAAUAUCUGUUAAAUUAUGUAAAGACUUGGAAAUUAUUUUAAAUAAACAAUUGCAUAUAAU